AUGCUAUUAAAACUCAAUAUUCUUGUAGUGAUUUAUGUGAUCGGAGGGUGUAGAAAGGCGGUUUCGUUGGAUAUCGAGGUUUUGGACGUGAAGACGCAAACAUGGGAGUGUUUUCCGGGUUUGUGUAAGGAAGAGGUGUCUGAGAGAACAAUCGAGAGUCUUGUGAUGAAUGAGAAGAUCUACAUAAUGACUCAUAGACAAACCUUUGUUUACGAUCCUAAGACAUAUUGUUGGGGUAAGAUAAGGAUUUAUGAUCCGGAAGCUAAGUCUUGGACAUUCAUGAAGGGUGCUGAAGAUCUACCUAAGAUGGUGAAUUAUUAUGCUGGAUACAAAAUGGCAAUCAUGGCGGAAAACUUGCGAUUUUGUACUUUAAUCGUAAUGUCAAUCGCAACACAGAGGUUUGGUACACGGAGAUUGCAUUGGAAAAGCGAGAAGGAAAAGAGAUUUGGGGGAAAGUCUUGUGGACUAAUCAUGUGA